AUGAAUGAAUCUAUCUAUCUAUCUAUCUAUCUAUCUAUCUAUCUAUCUAUCUAUCUAUCUAAAUCGGUUCAUAUCUAUCUAUCUAUCUAUCUAUCUAUCUAUCUAUCUAUCUAUCUAUCUAUCUUAACCUUUUUCCUUAGUUACAAAAUAAUGUUUACAUUAUCUUCUUUCUUUCUUUCUUUCUUUCUUUCUUUCUUUCUUUCUUUCUUUCUUUCUCACAUAUAUAGUUCUUUAAAUCUCCUUUUCCUUCAUUUCUUCCCGUAUUUUUUAAUCAUUUUCCCACACUAUAUUUUUUUCUUCUGUUUCUUACAGCUACUUUCCCAGAUUUCUUCUUUUUUCAUUCAUUCAUCAAUUUUUUCUUUUUUAUUUCUUUUUUUCUUUCUUUUCAUCAGUCCCUUUUUUACCAGUGCUCCUUUUCUUGUUCUUUCUUUUCCUAUAAAUUCAUAUAAGAGUCUAUCUCAAUUGGUUGAUCCCUUUCAUUGUUAUUUUCAGCUUCUUUACCUGUUUCCUUUGUUUUUCAUUCAUGAAUUCUUUCUUUCUUCUUGCUUUCUUUCUUUUCAUCGCCCAUUUUUUUGCUAUCUAAGCUCCUUUUCUUCUUUUCUUUGUCUUUUUCUCUCUCCGUGUCUCUGUCUGUCUCUUUCCUUCUUUCUUCAUUUUCUGUAUUCUUUCUUUUAUUUUCUUCUUUCUUUUAACCUGUCAUUUUCUUUUACACUUUCUUUUUGCUUUCAGAUUCUUUCCUCGUUUUCUUCGUCUUUCACUCACUCAUUCAUUUAUUCAUUCCUUCUUUUCUUCUUCUUCUUUCUUUCUUUCUUUCUUUCUUUCUUUUUUCUACUUCAGAGCCUUUUAUUUGUUUUCUAUCUUUUCCUCACUCUUUUUCUACUUCAUCUUCUUUUCUUCGUCUUUCUCUCUCUCUCUUUCUCUCCCUCUCUCUCUUUCUUUCUUUCUCUCCCCCCUUUCUACCUUUCUUCAUUUUCUGUAUUUUUUUAUCAUUUUUCCAGACGUUUUUUUAACUCCUGGAUCGUUUUUAUUUUCUUCUUUCUUUUACCCUGUCCUUUUUUAUUUACACUUUCUUUUUCGUUUUCAGGUUCUUGUCCCGUUUUCUUAGUUAUUCACACACUCAACUAUUCAUUCGUUCUUUCUUUGUUUCUUCGUUUUCAUCACUCUUUUUCUACCAAACCUCCUUUUCUUGUUCUUUCUUUCUUUCUUUCUUUCUUUUUAUCAUCCUUUUUUCUACUUCAGAGCCUUUUAUUUGGUUUUCUAUCUUCUCCUCACUCUUUUUCUACUUCAUCCUCUUUUCUUCGUCUUUCUCUCCCUCUCUAUCUCUCACCCUUUCGUCAUUUUCUGUAUUUUUUCAUCAUUUUUCCAGACGUUUUUUUAACUCCUGAUUCUUUGUUUUUUUUCUUCUUUCUUUUACCCUAUCAUUUUCUUUUACACUUUCUUUUUCGCUUUAGGUUCUUGCUCCAUUCAUUCAUUACUUCAAUCUUUGUUCGUUUCUUCCUUUUCAUCACUCUUUUUUUCUACCUAUCCUCCUUUUCUUUUUCUUUUCUUUCUUUCUUUUCAUCAUCCUUUUUUUCUACCUAUCCUCCUUUUCUUUUUCUUUUCUUUCUUUCUUUUCAUCAUCCUUUUUUUUUCUACCUAUCCUCCUUUUCUUUUUCUUUUCUUUCUUUCUUUUCAUCAUCCUUUUUUUUCUACCUAUCCUCCUUUUCUUUUUCUUUUCUUUUCUUUCUUUCUUUUCAUCAUCCUUUUUUUUUUACCUAUCCUCCUUUUCUUUUUCUUUUCUUUCUUUCUUUUCAUCAUCCUUUUUUUCUAACUAUCCUCCUUUUCUUUUUUCUUUUCUUUUCUUUCUUUCAUCCUUUUUUCUACAUCCUUUUCUUUUUCUUUUCUUCCUUCUUUUCAUCAUCCUUUUUUUCUAUCUAUCCUCCUUUUCUUUUUCUUUUCUUUCUUUCUUUUCAUCACUCAUUUUUUCUACCUAUCCUCCUUUUCUUUUUCUUUUCUUUCUUUCUUUUCAUCAUCCUUUUUUUUUCUACCUAUUCUCCUUUUCUUUAUCUUUUCUUUCUUUCAUUUCAUCAUCAUUUUUUUCUACCUAUCCUCCUUUUCUUUUUUUUUUCUUUCUUUUUUUCAUUUCAUUUUUUCAUCAUCCUUUUUUUUUCUUUUCCUUUCCAUCCUUUUUUUUUACCUAUCCUCCUUUUUUCUUUUCUUUCUUUUUUCAUCAUCAUCCUUUUUUUUUUCCUAUCCUCCUUUUCUUUUUUUUCUUUUCUUUCUUUCUUUUCAUCAUCCUUUUUUUUUUUCUACCUAUUCUCCUUUUUCUUUUCUUUUUCUUUCUUUCUUUUCAUCAUCCUUUUUUCUAACUAUCCUCCUUUUCUUUUUCUUUUCUUCCUUCUUUUCAUCAUCCUUUUUUUUCCUAUCCUCCUUUUUUUUUCUUUUUCUUUCUUUCCAUCCUUUUUUUUCUUUUUCUUUUCUUUUUCUUUUCUUUCUUUCUUUUCAUCAUCCUUUUUUUUUCUACCUAUUCUCCUUUUCUUUAUCUUUUCUUUCUUUCAUUUCAUCAUCAUUUUUUUCUACCUAUCCUCCUUUUCUUUUUCUUUUUCUUUUCUUUUCUUUCUUUCUUUUCAUCAUCCUUUUUUUUUCUACCUAUCCUCCUUUUAUUUUUCUUUUCUUUCUUUCUUUUCAUCACUCUUUUUUUCUACGUAUCCUCCUUUUCUUUUUCUUUUCUUUCUUUCUUUUCAUCAUCCUUUUUUUUCUACCUAUUCUCCUUUUCUUUAUCUUUUCUUUCUUUCUUUUCAUCAUCUUUUUUUCUACCUAUCCUCCUUUUCUUUUUCUUUUUCUUUUCUUUUCUUUCUUUCUUUUCAUCAUCCUUUUUUUUUCUACCUAUCCUCCUUUUCUUUUUCUUUUCUUUCUUUCUUUUCAUCAUCUUUUUUUUCUACCUAUCCUCCUUUUCUUUUUCUUUUCUUUCUUUCUUUUCAUCAUCCUUUUUUCUACCUCUCCUCCUUUUCUUUAUCUUUUCUUUCUUUCAUUUCAUCAUCAUUUUUUUUUAAUCCUCCUUUUCUUUUUUUCCUUUUAUUUUCUUUCUUUCUUUCCUUUUUUUUUUCCUCCUUUUUUUUUAUUUUCUUUCUUUCUUUUCAUCACUCUUUUUUCUACAUUCAUCACCUUUUCUUUUUCCCUUUUCUUUCUAUCCUUUUUUUUCUACCUUUUUUUCUUUUUCUUUUCUUUCUUUCUUUUCAUCAUCCUUUUUUUCCUUUUUUCAUCAUCCUUUUUUUUCUUUCCUCCUUUUAUUUUUCUUUUCUUUCUUUCUUUUCAUCAACUUUUUUUCUAAUCCUCCUUUUCUUUUCUUUUCUCUUUUCUUUCUUUUUUCAUCAUCAGUUUUUUACCUAUCCUCCUUUUCUUUUUCUUUUCUUUCUUUCUUUUCAUCCUUUUUUUUUCUACCUCUUCCUUUCUUUUCUUUUCUUUCUUUCCAUCAUCCUUUUUUUUUUUCAUGUAUCCUCCUUUUCUUUUCUUUUCUUCGUUGGUUUCAUCAUCCUUUUUUCUUUCCUCCUUUUUAUUUUCUUUUUCUUUUCUUUCUUUCUUUCAUCAUCCUUUUUUCUCCUCCUCCUUUUCUUUUUCUUUUUUGACCCGUUAAAUUCCUUUCAUCGUCCUUUUUUCUACCUAUCCUCCUUUUUCUUUUUCUUUUUUCUUUCUUUUCAAGGUUUUUCAAGUCAUAUCCUUGGUUUUUUUCACUUUUCAUUCUUUUCAUCAUCCUUUUUUUCACCUCUCCUUUUCAAGGACAGUUUUAAAAGCAAACUAAAAAUUCUCCUUUUCUUUUUAAGACUUCAAAUCAGCAUCAUCCUUUUUUUCUAUGGAUCCUCCUUUUCUUUUUUAGGAUUCUUUCUUUUCAUCGCUCCCUUUUUCUACCUAUCCUCCUUUUUUUUCUUUUCUUUUCUUUCUUUCUUUUCAUCAUCCUUUUUUCUACCUAUCCUCCUUUUCUUUUUCUUUUUUUUUCUUUUCUUUCUUUCUUUUCAUCCUCCUUUUUCUUCACCUCAGGGCUUUUCUUUCAAAGGACUUCAUCCUUUUUUUUCUACCUAUUCCUUUUCAUUCAUUCUUUUUUUUUUCAUCAUCCUUUUUUUCUAUCUAUCCUCCUUUUUCUUUUCUUUUCUUUCUUUUCUUUUCAUUUCCUUUUUUUUGGAUAUUCUUAUUUCUUUUUUUUCUUUCUUUUCAUCAUCCUUUUUUUUCUUUUAUCCUCCUUUUCUUUUUUCUUUUCUUUCUUUCUUUUCAUCAUCCUUUUUUUUCUACCUAUCCUCCUUUUCUUUUUUCUUUUUUUAUACAGAGAAUCAUUCUUUUUUUCUACCUAUUCUCCUUUUCUUUUUCUUUUCUUUCUUUCUUUUCAUCACUCUUUUUUUUCUACCUAUCCUCCUUUUCUUUUUCUUUUCUUUCUUUCUUUUCAUCCUCUUUUUUUUCAUCAUCCUUUUUUUUUUCUUUUCUUUUCUUUCUUUUCAUCAUCCUUUUUUUUCUAUCCUCCUUUUUCUUUUCUUUUCUUUUCUUUCAUUUCAUUUUUUUUUUACUCCUCCUUUUCUUUUUCUUUUUUUCUUUCUUUUCACCCCAUCAGUUUUUUCUACGUAUCCUCCUUUUCUUUUUUUCUUUUAUUUCUUUUUUUUCAUCAUCCUUUUUUUUUAUACCUAUCCUCCUUUUUCUUUUCUUUUUCUUUCUUUCUUUUCAUCAUCCUUUUUUUCUAUCCUCCUUUUUUUUUUUUUCUUUUUUCUUUUCAUUCUUUUUUUCAUCAUCCUUUUUUUCUUUUCUUUUCUUUUCUUUUCUUUUUUCUUUUUUUCAUCCUUUUUUUUCAUCAUCCUCCCCCCUUUUUUACUGUGCAAUAACUUUUUUUCUUUCUUUUCUUUUUUAUCAUCCUUUUUUUUCAGUUUGUCUCUCCUCUUCUUUUUCUUUUCUUUCUUUCUUUUCAUCAUCCUUUUUUUUUUUGACCCAUUUUCCCAUCAUUUUUUUUCUUUUCUUUCUUUUAUUUUCAUUUUUCCUUUUUUUUCAGUCUCAGGUUCUUUUUCUUUCAAUAAAGAAGAUCAACUCGAACACAUUUUCAAUCAUUCUUUUCAUCAUCCUUUUUUCUACCUAUCCUCCUUUUCUUUUUCUUUUCUUUAUUCUUUUCAUCAUCCUUUUUUUUUCUACCCUAUUUUCCUUUUCUUUUUUUUGUUUCCAUCAUUUCUUUUUUUUGACUCACUCUUUUUUUUUUCUUUUUCUUUCUUUCCUCAUCCUUUUUUUUUCCUUUUUCAUUCAUUUCUUUCUUUUUUUCAUCAUCCAUUUUUCCUACCUCUCCUCCUUUUUUUCUUUUUUUUUCUUUCUUUUUUUUUUUUUCAUCAUCCUUUUUUUAAUUUAGCCCUUUAUUUGGUCCUUCUUUAUUCUUUUUCAUUAUUUUUCUACUUCAUUUGUUUUUUUUUUUUUCUUUCAGUCUUUUCUUCGUCAUCCAAACUUUUUCCCUCAUUCUAUCUUUUCUUUUUUUCUUUUCCCCCUUUUCUUCAUAUUCUUCAUUUCAUUCCGUUUUAA